CCCCCACUCAAUCAGAAUCAAAAUAUUAAUCUCACCACGGUCACCCCAUCCACGGCCAACCCACCACGAACCCACAUCGCCGCCGCCCGCCAAUUCUGUUCUCGCGCUCCAACCCUUCCGAUCCUCAAGUUUGGACCACCAACUCCAACCCCAAAACCCCCCAAUUUUACAUUCCAACACUGUUCAAUCAAAACCCUAAUUCCAAAUACAAUCCAACCCCUUUAACAAUUUCCCUCCCUGAGAAACCCCAGAACAUCAAAAUCGAUCCUUUUCGCGCCACCGGCCAGUAAUUGUUAAUGGACAGAAUCGGGGUCCGCAAUGAAGCUUUAAAACACAGCUCGUCCCCAGCGCCGCUGGCUCCGCCGGUUACGUGCUCGACGUCGUGCACGGAGACCGUAAAUGGGUGCCACGAGUUUAAGAUCAGUGGGUACUCCCUUGCCAAGGGUAUGGGAAUCGGUAAGUACGUCGCCUCCGAUUCGUUUGUGGUGGGUGGGUACACGUGGGCUAUAUAUUUCUACCCGGAUGGCAAGAGCGUUGAGGACCACGCCGGGUAUGUGUCGGUGUUCAUAGCUCUGGCCAGCGAGGGCACCGACGUCAGGGCGUUGUUCGAAUUGACGCUUUUGGAUCAGAGCGAGAGGCAACGGCACAAGGUGCAUAGCCAUUUUCUGAGGAUGCUCGAUGGCGGUCCUUAUACGCUUAAAUACCGUGGAAGCAUGUGGGGUUAUAAACGCUUCUACAAAAGAAGUCUUUUAGAGGGAUCGGACUACCUUAAAGAUGAUUGCCUUAUAAUAAAAUGUCGUGUUGGUGUUGUUAAGACGAAUACAGAAGGACCUAAAACAUACAAUAUAGCAGAACCACCUUCCAAUAUCGGCCAGCAUUUUGGUAAGCUUUUAGAAAGUGGGAAGUUGACUGAUGUAAGUUUCAAAGUUGACGAAGAAGUAUUUGCUGCCCACAAAGUGGUGCUCGCAGCACGCUCGCCUGUGUUCAAGGCACAACUUUUUGGUCCAUUAAAAGAUAAAAACACUGAUUUCAUAAUAGUUGAAGACAUUGAAGCUCCCGCAUUUAAGGUAUUACUUCACUUCAUCUACUGGGAUUCUCUACCAGACUUGCAAGAGCUUGUGGGGCUGCUAAAUUCAAGCUGGGCGUCUACAGUAAUGGCCCAACAUCUUCUGGCAGCGGCUGAUCGCUAUGCCCUCGAGAGGCUCAAACUGAUGUGUGAGGCUAAACUUUGCGAAAAUGUUGCCAUAAAUAAUGUUGCAACAACGUUAGCCUUGGCAGAGCAACACCAAUGUGAACAACUUAGAGCUGUAUGCCUCAAAUUUAUUGCAGUGCCCGAAAAUUUAAGAGCUGUGAUUGAAACUGAAGGAUUUAACUACUUGAGGGAAAGCUGCCCUUCAGUCAUCACCGAGCUACUGCGUUACGUUGCAAGUAGUGGUGAUCAUUCUUUUGUUACUUCUGGGUACGGGAAGGGGAACUUAUUAGACGGCACUGAUGGGAAUGGAAGGCGAGUUAAGGCAAGGUUGUAUUGAUUUGGAAAAUAAGCAAUUAGAAGAAUAAAAUAAAAACAAGAGCUUUCUACGAUGCAUAUUUUGUACUGCACUGGCUAAUUCUUCGAAAAGAAGGAUUAGUGGUUAGUUGGUUUUUUGUUUGUUUGUAAUAUCUCGUGUUGUCGAGGAUCUGUUGGUGAUGUAGUUUGUAAACCUCGGAUGAUGGCUCUGGCUGUAGUAUGUGUGCAUUUUUUCUUGGUCCAGAUUGGAGUUGUCGUUUUUAUAGAUGAUGAAAAAUGGCAGCAUCUUUACUAUUA